AGUGAGAGCAACCGCAUCGCAGCAAAAAAAGGAGACCUUUUGGGUUCUCUUUCAAACACCGGACAUUCAUUAGGGGGAAGCUUGUCUCUAUUACUAAACCUCAUGUUACUGGUUCGAGGUGAAGUACCUGCUUCUUCUUUACUCCCUGUUAUUACAUUUGGUGCGCCCUUUGUACUAUGUGGAGGCGACCGUCUUCUUGAGAAACUAGGAUUGCCUAAAAGCCACGUUCAAGCCAUCGUAAUGCACCGUGACAUUGUCCCAAGAGCCUUUUCUUGUAACUACCCUUACCAUGUAACAGAGCUUCUCAAAGCUGUGAACGGCAACUUCCGUAGCCAUCCUUGUCUUAACAAGCAGAGUAUGUUGUAUUCUCCCAUGGGGGAGCUUCUAAUCCUUCAACCGGAUGAGUCAUUCUCUCCAGGACACGAUCUUCUUCCUCCAGGAAAUGGUUUAUAUCUUCUAACCACUGGUGGUUUUGAAUCGCUGGAUGAGGAGGAGGAGGAACAACGGUUGAGAGCUGCGCAAACGGUUUUCUUGAACACGCCACAUCCUCUCGAUAUCCUUAGCGACAGAUCAGCUUACGGGUCGAGCGGGACCAUACAAAGGGAUCAUGACAUGAACUCAUACCUGAAAGCGGUUAGGAGUGUGAUAAGAAAAGAAGUGAGUCAGAUAAGGAAGUUGAAGAGGGAGCAUCGUCGGAGUCUCUGGUGGCCUAUUCUGGUGGCCAGAGAAAGCGGGAGGAGCUCGGGGACUGCCAUCGGACAAAUCAACGGUCAGGAUUUCUCGGGGAUGAUGAAGACAGGAAGAAAGUCUUUGCAGAGGUUUAGCCGCCUUGUGGCGUCUCAACAUAUGCCUUUGAUCCUUGUUCUCUUGUUUCCGGUUAAGUUGUUGUUCCUUGAAGCUUUCAACGUCCUUAGUUUCCGUUGAAUUGUUUUUCUUUUGGCGGGUUAAGGUCGUUUGAUGAUGAUACCGGUUAAGCCGAGUUCGGUAAUGACCGGUUUAGAUCAUUCUUUAUUCAUUUCAUAUUUGUUUGUUUUGUUGCGUUUAUGCAGUAAAUGGAAUAUAAGGGUAUCGAAAGGACGAGAGUCCUGACCAAAGUAGUAACUUUAAUUCUAACCCA